CUGAACUCUCUACCGUGCGUCACUCUGGCUUUGAGGAACGGCACGACUGUCCGGUGGUCUCUCAAACAGUGACAAUGGGUCGGCAGGAGCAAGGAUGGGUCGUCUGCGUAACUGUCCUGGGACUUGUGGCGUCGGUGCACAGCAUAACACGGGGAGAACUUUUCCCAUUCGGUCCCGCCUCAAGAGACCAGCUGCUGGAACCGGGGACUGACCAGACGCACCAACUUACAUUGGACAAUCCCGUUUUGUUUUAUGAUGGCACUUUCAACAACAUCUAUAUCAACACCAAUGGCUUUGUUGCUACAACAGAGCCAACAAGUGAGUCGACAUAUCUUGGCAGUAUGCCGCCAAAAUUUGGCAUGAUUGCAGCUUUGCAAGGAGACCUAGACACGAGUGACGGUGUGGGGAAAGUGUACUUCCGUCAGGAUUCGAGCCCAGUCAUCCUGCGACAGGCAGCCAACCACAUCAACAGGGCUUUCCCAGAGGACGAUGAAGUAAAUCCCAUUCAUGCUGUGGUGAUCACAUGGGUAGAUGUUGCCACCCAUGAACCUCAAAACAGAGACGGCACUAACAAAAAGAGAAACACCUUCCAGCUGGUGAUUGCAUCCCUGGAGACUGCCUCUUAUGCCAUCGUGCUUUACCCAAGGGAUGGCAUACAGUUUUCCUCCACACCAGUAGGGGACAGUAUUGCUCCCAUGCAUGCUGGCUUUAGUAAGGGUGUGGUCCAGGGUUUUCUGUUUUCUAGACAGGGACCGUACUACCGCAUCAUUACUGAUGACGAGGCGUCCGUCAGGGCUUUGGCAGAGGGAACCAACGCUGGCCUGCGGGGUGUAUGGGUGUUCGAGAUUGGAACUUCUCCCUACUUUUCCAACGUGGCUCCAGGUGAAGUCACUGAACUGCCACCUGACAGCUCACAGCAGAGGGUCCUGGAGGGCUACGAGGACGCUGUUGACGUAAGGAGGCCGGUGUAUCCUGGAGUGCAGCAGGUGGAGUACCCUCCUUAUGAGCCAGAGGGCCAGGUCCUAGUCCACACAGUCCAGUUCCAGCCGCAGCACGUCGACUUUCCCGGGAACCCUGAGGUGGUGGUAGUGGAUGACGGAGAUAUAAAUGUAGAUGUGUUCUCAUACAACUUUGGGACAUGUGCGAACAGCGGAAACAAGUGCUCCAACUUUGCGGACUGCAAGGACCACACCAGCGGAUACUGCUGCCACUGCAGGCCCGGAUACUACGGCAAUGGAGUGCAGUGUGUGGCAGAGGGGAAGCCCCAGAGGAUGAAUGGCAAAGUGAAUGGAAAGGUGUACGUGGGCAACUCUCCCACUCCAGUGGAGUUCACCAGCAACGAUCUCCACUCGUACGUGGUGGUGAAUGAUGGACGCUCGUACGUGGCCAUCAGUGACAUCCCUCCCAGCCUCGGUCCCUCCCUCCAGCCGCUGUCGGCUCUUGGCGGCGUGAUCGGGUGGGCAUUCGCUCUGCAGCAGCCUGGCUUCAAGAACGGCUUCAGUAUUAUCGGGGGGGUAUUCACGCGGCAAGCUGAGGUGACCUUUCUGCCGGGGAAUGAGAAGCUGAUCAUCAGGCAAGAGUUCAACGGCAUCGAUGAGCACGACCACCUGGCGGUGAGCACCACCCUGGAAGGCCGGGUCCCUGAGGUCCCCCGCGGCUCCACCGUGCAAAUUGACCGCUACUCUGAGAUCUACCAGUACAGCAACAACCUGGUCACCUCAUCCUCCACUCGGGACUACGUGGUGAGUUUGCCCGAUGGCUCCACUGAGACCAGGACGUACCAGUGGCGGCAGACCAUCACCUUCCAGAGCUGCCAGCACGACGAAGCCUCCAGGGACGUAAAGCCCACCCAGAUGCUCAGCGUGGAUCAGGUCUUUGUCAUGUACGACGCCAAUAAUGAACUCAUCCGCUUCGCCAUGAGCAACAAGAUUGGGGAUGUCAACGGAGGACAGCCAGAAGAGAACCCCUGUUUCACCGGGAGACACGGAUGUGACACCAAUGCAGUUUGCCGACCUGGACAGGGGACUCAGUUCACCUGCGAGUGUGCUGCUGGCUUCAACGGCGAUGGUCGCUCAUGUUACGACAUUGAUGAGUGCAGAGAGGAUCCUCAGAUCUGCGGCUCCCACGCCAUCUGCAACAACCAGCCUGGGACGUUCCGCUGCGAGUGCGUGGAUGGCUACCAGUUUGCCAGUGAUGGGCAGACCUGCAUUGAGGUGAACCGACCUGUGGACCACUGCGAGGCGGGUUCCCAUAACUGUGACAUUCCUGAGCGCGCUCAGUGCAGCUACACGGGAGGGUCCUCCUACAUCUGCUCCUGCCUGCCAGGGUUCAUAGGAGAUGGCCGAGUCUGUCAAGACAUAGACGAGUGUCAGCCGGGCAGGUGCCAUCAAGACGCCGUCUGCUACAACACCCAGGGAUCUUUUACCUGCCAGUGCAGGCCAGGUUACUAUGGUGAUGGCUUCUACUGCUCCACAGAGAGGACCAAAACACAGUGUGAGAGCCACAGGGAAAGCGUCCUGGUUGCGCGGGGUCCCCGGCCACCCGUCGGUCACUUCAUCCCGCAGUGUGACGAGCACGGCGCCUAUGAGCCCAUCCAGUGCCACGGCAGCACGGGACACUGCUGGUGUGUGGACCGCAACGGGCAGGAGAUCCCCGGGACGCGCUCCGGCCCCGGCAGCAGACCGAUGUGUAUCGACCAUGACGGGGGGCGACCGCCGGUGGGACCCACGCCCCGACCCGACGUGCACCCCCUGCCUCCGGGAACACACCUGAUGUUUGCCCAGAGCGGCAAGAUAGAGUUCGUCCCCCUGGAGGGCUAUGACAUGAAGAAGGACGAUGCCAAGGCGGUCCUCCACCUGCCUGAGAAGGUAAUCAUCGGAGUGGCCUACGACUGUGUGGACAAAAUGGUGUACUGGACCGAAAUCUCCUCUCCGUCCAUCAGCAGGGCCAGCAUACAGGGGGGAGACCCCACUCCGGUCAUCAAAACAGAUCUGGACAGCCCAGAGGGCAUCGCCAUCGACCACUUGGGCCGAACCAUGUUCUGGACCGACUCUGUGAAGGAUCGCAUCGAGGUGGCGUCUCUGGACGGCUCCCAGCGACGCGUCAUCAUAGACUCUGAUCUCGUGAACCCUCGUGCAAUUAUCACUGACCCACCUAAUGGAAAUCUGUACUGGGCCGACUGGAACCGAGAUGCACCCAAGAUCGAGACGUCUUACAUGGACGGCUCCAACAGAAGGGUGCUGGUCAAAGACGAUCUGGGUCUACCGAACGGAUUGACCUACGACCCCCAGAGCGCCCUGCUCUGUUGGGCAGACGCAGGCACACACAAAAUGGAGUGCAUGAAUCCUGCUCUGGGCGACCGGAGAAAGGUUCUGGAGGGGAUCCAGUACCCGUUCGGUAUCACGUCUCAUGGGAAGAACAUCUACUACACUGACUGGAGGAGGGAUGCAGUGGUGGCGGUGGACCGCUACGCCGGCAGAGAGACAGACGAGUUCCAGCCUCUGAAACGCACCAAACUGUACGGCAUCACGACAGCCUACGCCCAGUGUCCCUCCGGACAAAACUACUGUGCUGUGAACAACGGGGGCUGCACUCACCUCUGUUUAGCCACGCCGGGCGGCCGCUCCUGCAAGUGUCCCGACCACGCGGUGGCUGUGAACUGCGUGGAGAGCGACAGCAGGUACUGAGCCGAGGAGGCCGAGAGAUGAGAUCAGAAGAGAUGACACCAUUUUUAACGUCAGCAUACUAAACCGUAGCUGUUGAAAAUGCCACUGAAAACAGGAUGUGAAUUGCUGUGCCUUUCGUCACUCAGUGAUAUCCUCACCUAUUCUUUCUAAAAUCCCCCCUGUGCCUUUAUAAAGUCACAAUCGCCUUGCAGAAUUGUAAAUACAAACACUGUCUUUUGUUGACAUUUCUUUUCCCGAGUGCACAUACACUGAGGGAAAAAAAGAAAAAUAAACGCAAGGGAUAAAUAAUUUAAUGUGAAUCUGACUUCCAUCUUGUGUCAGUUCUGUUACACUGUGGCACGUUCGGAUUAUCCCAUAGGCUGUCCCAUGGAAGUAUUAUAGCGGAUUAUGACUAAAAGGUGCCUUUAUAAGCUGUUGGGAUGAGUUUACAUGCUGGGCAGCGAAUGAAUAAAAACAUUUUUGUAACAA